UUUUUUUUCUAUAGAUAAUCUUUGAAAAAUCAAAUCGAACAAAUCUCUUGUUUGGAUUAUUGGGAUUGGAUCGAUCGAUCGAGAGAUUUGUUUAUAGGAAUUAUUAAAUAGAAGCAACAAUGGUAAUACUUAGUCCCUUUGUAUAUUGGGCGCAAACGUCGAAAAUUAUUACGUUAAAAAUUGAUUUGCGAAACGCUGAAAAACCACACAUCGAUGUUAAAGAAAAUAAUAUCAAAUUCUCUGCCCAAGGGUUUGGUGCUCAUGGAUUUUCUAAUUAUAUAUUCAAUAUGGAUUUAUUUGCCUCCAUCAAAUUAAGCAAAGAUGAACAGGAAACUACAGUCAAGGUGUAUGAAAAUCGUAUUGAGGUGGUUUUAGAAAAAAAUGAGGCAGCAUGGUGGCCAAGAUUAACAGCACAACCACAAAAGCCUGCCUGGCUUAAGAUUAAUUUUGACCAAUGGAAAACUGAGGAUGAUGGAGGAAGUGAAGAGGAGAGUCGUGAUGUUAUGAAGGAUUAUCCGGGGAUGUAUGACAAACUGCAUAAAGAAGAGUUUGGAUAUAGGAAAGAAGAGCUGAAAAAGGUUUACCUCAUAUUAUACAACUUGUUUCAAUUUAUUGGCUUCACAUAUAUACUAUGUGUAAUGAUAGUGCGAUUCGUUAAACUGGAUUAUGCGUCCGUGGAGGACACUUAUAAGCAUGUAGGAGGAGCUAUGAAGUUCCUUCAACUAAUGAUGUUCCUCGAAGUUAUGCACCCCUUAUUUCGAUAUACUAAGGGAAGCCCCCUUGUAGCAUUCUUACAAGUGGGUGGUCGGGCGUUCGUAUUAUUUGCAAUGAUAGAUGCUGAGCCACGGAUGCAGACAAAACCUGUAGUGUUCUGCCUAUUUUGUAUAUGGACCCUGAUUGAGGUUGUCAGGUAUCCCUUUUACAUAGCACAACUUUACCGAAAAGAGAUUUAUCUCUUAACCUGGCUUCGUUAUACCCUGUGGAUCCCACUCUAUCCCUUGGGAAUCCUCUGUGAGGCAAUUGUCAUACUCAGAAAUAUCCCCUAUUUUGAAGAAAGUGGUAAGUUCACUAUUUCUUUGCCCAAUGAGUGGAACUUUGCUUUCCAUUUGCCUAACUUUCUCAGGGUAUACCUUCUGAUAUUAGCCUUUCCCGGUAUGUUCUUUGUAAUGAAACAUAUGCAUAAACUACGUACAGUCAAGCUUAAACCAAAAAUCAUAAUUAAAAAAUGUAAGUAAAAAUAAGUAGUCUGCAUUUAUAGUUAACAGAAAGGUAACUGUGUGUAUAUUACAUUGUUGGACACGGCAAUGAUACUAAACCAGCAAAAUCAAAUUAUAAAAAAGUUAAAAGUUCAAACAUUUUCUUAAGAUCUAACAUGAAAUAUGUUUAUAUGCUUAAAAAACAUAAAUUUAACUAUUAUUGUUUUUAAUUUGUAUAAUGGAAACAUCCUUAUUUAAGAAUUCCUCUGGUCCUAUAUAAAAAUGAUAGAAAUGUAACUAUUGAAAUGGUAA